GGAAACUCCUUCCACAGACGAAUCAUAAUCAAUUCAAUAAAAUCCUUAAUCCGAUCGAAUUUCACCUAAAUUCCAAUUAAACCAAAAACCAGUAGAUUAGAAAGUAAUCGAGUAGACAUUUUAAAGUUUCAAGCAAGAUGUAUAAAGUUUAUAAACAAAAAACAUUUAAAUGAAAUAAUUAAAAGUUGAUGUUUAAUUAGACCGUUUAAUAAAUUAGCGUUUUUAAAAUCCAUAUGAUGUUCUUUUAUUAGACAUGGAGGCUACAGAUGAAGAAAUAAAAAAAUAACAUAGAAAUUUUGCAAUUAUAUUACAUCCAGAUAGAUGUAAAGAUGAAAGGUCAAAAGAUGCUUUUUUUAUUGUCGAUAAGGCUUAUAAGACACUAAUGGAUCCUGAAAAAAGGAAGAUUUAUAUAAGAAUUAUGAGAGAGGCGAAAGAAAGAACUGAAUAUGAAAGACAAAAAGAAAAUAAAAAAAGGGCUAAAAGUGGACUUCCAGAUCUACCAGAAGAUACUUUUGAAGGUCAUUAUAGAGAAAAUUUGAAAAAAAUUUUCGAUGAAAUUGAAGAAAGGAAAGUCCAUCAUGCAAAACUUUAAAUGAGUUAAUAAAUGGCUAAAAAUGAAGAAAUUGAAAAGAAGAAAAUGAUUGAAUAAUACAGAAUUUAUACCGUAGAAGAAUGGGAAUAAACUAGGGAGUCAAGAGUUAGUAAUUGGGGGACCUUUUCUAAAAAAAAAGCUAUUAUUGGUUCUAAAAAAAGUGACAAAAGCUUAAAACCGCCACCUACUAAGAUGGAAGAAAGACCGCUUUCAGCUGUUAAAUAAGAUAAUAUUUCGGGUAAACCUAUUGGAAUUAAUGAAGAUUAUAAAAAAAAUUGGAGGUGAUUAAAUUAUA